CCGACCUAAGAUUUUAGCUUGCUUUCCUCUUUCAACAGAGAAAUCAAAGCACGAAACAAAUCAGUGAGAGAUGGACAAGGCAAUAGAACUUGGAGUAGAAGCCAUCUUUACAAAUGUGCUGCAGUUGAUCGAUGACAACCGCAAAUUGAUGAGCGGUAACGAUGCCGUAAUCGAGGACCUGACAAAAAGCCUCAUUCUAGUGAAGAAAUUCAUGGAGUUGUACACUGAAGAGUACUACAAAGACGACAUCCUGAGGACGCUGGCGAACGAGAGCAGGAGUCUGGUGCAUGAAGUUGAAGAUGUCCUGGAAACCCACAUCGUCGAGGAGUCACGGUUCAAAAACAAGAAUUUCGUCGAGAAACUGUUAUCGCUUCUGGUAUCGCCAGGAAACUCGCGGAACUUCGGCAAAGCCAUCCGUGAGCUGAGUGAAAAGGUUAGGAAGGCGUGCGAUGAGAACAAGGAGAUUGGCCUCCGCAUCAAAACGAGUAAAGCGAGCGGAAUGCUUGGUCCAAUUCCCGCAGACAAUAAUACGCCUGCAGGCAAUCAAUGGGGAGACAGACUCAUUGGGUUUGAGGAUGCAGCUGACACAGUACUGGACCUUCUUGGCGUACCAAACCUAGACCCAGGCAGGUCCGACAGAAAGAGAAAGAGGCAGAGCACGUCGGAGGCAGAGCAACAUGGUGACGAAAACCCACUUGAAAUAGUGUCGAGCACGUCGGAGGCAGAGCAACAUGGUGACGAAAACCCACUUGAAAUAGUGUCGAUUCAUGGAAUGCUUGGACUCGGGAAGACAACGCUUGCUAGAAAGGUUCUGAAUGACCCUCAGGUUGAAUAUCAUUUUUUCACUCGCAUAUUUGUCAGUGUUUCAAAGGAUUACAACAAGAAAGAAGUGCUUCUUAGUAUACUAAGUACCUUCAUCAAGGACAUUAGGGAUCGUAACAUGUCGGUGCAAGAAUUAGUUGCCGAGGUCCGAAAGACACUGAAGUACAAGUAUUUGAUUGUCAUGGACGAUGUUUGGGAUAUAAAAGCAUGGGAAGAUCUCAAGGAUGCUUUUCCAGAUUAUAACAAGGGCAGUAGGGUGUUAAUAACGACUCGACAAGAGUCUAUGGCCAAGCGUGCUGCAACAAAGACUGAUCCCUACCUGUUGCGAUUUAUGACUAUAGAAGAAGCUGAAGAAUUACUAAGGACGAAGGUUUUCAAUGAAAAUGAAUGUCCAGAGAAGCUGCAACCUGCUGAAUCACGAAUUCUGAAAAAAUGUGGCGGGCUACCAUUAGCAAUAGUGGUAACAGCAGGUAUUCUGAGGAAUGAUCCAGAAAACGACAAGUGGUGGGAGAAUGUGGCUCAAAAAUCACUUAGUAUGGAUGAGUUAGAUAGUGAUAGCCAGAAACAAUUAGUGGAUGAUUUAAUAAGACGGAGUUAUGAUAACUUGCUUCACGUAUACAAAUCCUGUUUUCUCUACCUUGGUGUCUUCCCUGAAGACUUGGAGAUCCAAGUUUCAAAAUUGUUCCAAUUGUGGAUAGCGGAAGGCUUCAUUCCCCAAAUUGAGCGAGAAAGCAUGGAGGAAACUGCAGAGCGAUGUUUGCGGGAAUUGGUUGACAGGAACUUAGUGAUGGUGAGGCAGAGAACCUUAAGUGGUCGGAUUAAGACGUGUUUAGUCCAUGAUACGCUGCGUGACUUUUGCAAAAGGACAGCCAAAGCUGAAAAUCUUUUCCAAGAAUGUGACGUGGGGACGGUUUCAUCUUCCAGCCGUCGCCUUUGCUGCAUUAACUCACACUUCUCGAGCUACGUUUCCAAUCAACAGCCUGCUCAGAAUGUCCGUUCAUUCCUGAGCUUUGGCCUCGAAGAAACAACACUGAACCGGCAUCUCUGCUCAGAUGUAUUUAAGCUGUUCAAACUACUCCGAGUGUUGGAUAUCUUGUCCAUCAAGCUCCCUGGAACUCGUUUUCCGACCCAACUGCUUAACCUUGUUCUGCUAAAGUUUAUUGCCAUCUGUUGCGAGCUAACAGUCCUUCCCAGAAAAAUGUCUAGCUUGCUUAACUUGCAAACUCUUGUAGUUCACACCACAUCCUCCACUCUUGACAUACAAGCAGACAUCUGGUCGAUGACAAAGCUAAGGUAUCUACAUACUAAUACCUCCACAAUCUUGCCUAAAUGUCUGGAGCAAUCUCCUGGUGGUGAAAACCUACAAACUCUAUCUACAGUUUCACCUGAAAGUCUUACAAAAGAUGUGUUUAAAAGGGCUAGAAACCUUAAGAAGCUUGGAAUAUGUGGGAAGUUAAACAAUCUUGUGGAAGCCAAUGGUGAGUCUAGUUUGUUUGAUUGUCUUUGCGAACUGAAUUCCCUUGAAAAUUUGAAGCUAUACGGUGAUGACGUGAGCUCCAAGCUACUUGCCCUUCCUCAGGCACACAAAUUCCCACCAAGGUUGACAAGGCUAAGCCUGCAUAACACAAGUCUAAAUUGGGACUACAUGUCUAUACUCGGAAAUCUUCGGUAUCUUGAGGUGCUCAAGCUGAAGGACUAUGCCUUUAAGGGAGAUUAUUGGAAGACAAAACAAGGGGGUUUUCCUUCUCUGAAAGUUUUCUUCAUUGGAGCUACAGAUUUAACGCGUUGGGACGCUAAAGCCAAUGACUUCCCAGAACUCAAAUGCCUUAUUCUCAAGCAGUGCAAAACACUUGAGCGGAUCCCAUCUGACUUUGUUCACAUGAAGAAGCUCGAGAUGAUCAAAGUUGAACAUACCAAGGAUUCGGUAGUUUCAUCUGCCAGGAGAAUUGUGCAACUACAAUUGGAAGUGCUUUUGCAGCAAAAGAGUAAAAAGACUAGCCCAGUUAAGCUCAUAGUUUAUCCUCCAGAGUAUUGAACGCCAAGCAAACUGCAAUAUAAGUGCAUCUUUAACAGGAUUUCAUGCUUGCCAGUUUUUGUCUUCUGCUCGCCUGAAUGAAUUCGUAAUGUGGAGAUGCUGAAGCUUCUAUCUCAAUCUUUCGUGUUUCUUCUCUAUUCUGCAGUAAUAAAGGCCCAGUACCUGGCUCUGGGCAACAACAUUCAGCUGCUAUGAUUUCUUUGCAUUGUUUUUUUGUUUCAGUAUCUUUGAAAAUGUCAAAUUUCCUUUUGAGCAAUUGUUGUGAUAGAAAUAAGGCCAUGGAUCAUCUGGCAAAUUCAGUGAUUGAAAUAGAUAUUCUCUUUCCACCAGGAAACUCUUGCUGCAUUGAAUCUAGGGUCUUGUACUUUUCUUCCUGUUAGAGGUUUGGUUUUUACCUCCUCAUCUUGUUUCCUUGUAUUGUUAAGUUUACGUGGAAUCUUGCUCUGAUUUAUUGCACCCUUCCUUGUGUUAAAUGAUGAAAUUGCUGUAGUUUUUAUUUGGAAACGAAGGAAGGACUGCGACCUAGUAAAGUUGCUUUCCAGCUUCAAGU